AUGGAGUACUUCAGUCUGAAGCGGUCGACAGCUGCCGAUCGUGGUGAAACCAACCUGUCCAGCAAGGUCUACGUGCGGUCUACCAAAAGUGGCAAGGUCCAGAAAAUUGUCAGAGAGUUGUAUUUACGACAGGACAUUCCAUGCUCGUCCAAUCUUUGCAGAGCAUGUCUAGAGAUUGCGCCGACGGACUAUUCCAAGAAAGUCGCCCCAUUUGUCCUUUCAGACACGCCAGCAGGAUCCAAGGACUUCCCAAGUGGCCAAUAUCUUAUUCCGGACACAAAUGCUUUUCUUACUGGCAUGGACUUAUUCGAAGUUGAGACCGCAUUCCAUGAUGUUAUUGUCCUCCAAACUGUACUAGAGGAAGUCAAGAACCGUUCACUUCCUCUAUAUCAUCGUCUGAUAUCCCUGACUAAGAACGAAGGAAAGCGCUUCUACGUGUUCUUCAACGAAUUCAGGCAAGAGACGUAUGUGGCGCGGGAAGCUGGAGAGACCAUCAAUGACCGAAACGACCGGGCUGUUCGCAAAGCCGUACAAUGGUACAAUGACCAUAUCACACAGGCUGUUAAAGCGCGGAGCAAAACGCAGACGCGGAUACCUACGGUUGUCAUGAUCACCGAUGACAGGGACAACUUGCGCAAAGCUAAAGCCGAGAAGGUUCCUGGCAAGACUUUGUCAGACUUUGUAUCGGGUUUGGAAAAUUCGGACGAGCUCCUAGACAUGAUCAGCGCAGCGCAAGAGCAACGGGAAGUCAGGUCGAAAAAGCCAGAGAUCUUCUAUUCGGAACAUUAUACAGUCUCUAAGAUGAUGACUGGUGUAAAAGCUGGCACUUUACACCAAGGCAUCUUCAACGUCUCCCCGUACAAUUACCUCGAAGGCUCAGUCCACGUACCUGCUUUCGAUAAAUCUCUCCUUAUUCUAGGACGUGAGAACAGCAAUCGCGCUGUCUCUGGCGACGUAGUAGUUGUUGAGGUACUGCCUCAGGAUCAGUGGAAGGCGCCUUCAACCAAGAUCAUUGAAGAGGAGACAGUGAACAAGAACGACAACGCAGAGGCUGAAGAAGGCGAGAACGUCAUCCCAGAGCGAGAACGACGAGCGUUACAAGAGGAAGUUAAGCGUGUCCAUGGACAAAGCACGGAAGGCAGGCCACAGCCGACUGCGCGUGUAGUAGGUGUCAUCAAGCGAAACUGGAGACAAUACGUCGGCCACAUCGAUCGCGACUCUGUUCGCUCUUCUUCAAAAUCGAGUCGACAGCAACAGACCGUAUUCCUCGUUCCGAUGGACAAGCGCAUACCUAAAAUUCGGAUACGAACACGACAAGCUGGAGAACUUCUUGGUCAACGUGUUCUGGCAACGAUCGAUUCUUGGGAUAAAGAUUCCCGAUAUCCGGUUGGCCAUUUUGUACGAUCGCUUGGCGAGCUUGAAUCUAAGGGCGCAGAGACCGAAGCUUUACUACUGGAGUGGGACGUUCAAUACAAGCCUUUCCCCAAAACGGUUCUGGACUGCUUACCCGCUGAAGGCCAUGAUUGGAAGGUACCAGCUAGCUUGGAGGAUCCAGGCUGGAAGGGGCGUAAAGAUCUUCGCGACCUCUUGGUAUGCUCUAUCGAUCCUGUUGGUUGUGUUGACAUCGAUGAUGCUCUCCAUGCCCACAAGUUACCGAACGGUAACUACCAGGUCGGUGUUCAUAUUGCAGACGUAUCUCAUUUCGUCAAACCGAACAAUGCGAUGGACAAGGAAGCCAGCCAACGUGGAACGACCGUUUACCUGGUUGACAAGCGCAUUGACAUGUUGCCUAUGCUUCUUGGAACAGAUCUAUGUUCCCUGAAGCCAUAUGUCGAGCGCUACGCUUUCUCUGUAAUUUGGGAGGUCACUGAGGACGCCGACAUCGUUUCUUCGUAUUUCACCAAGUCUGUUAUUCGUUCAAGAGAGGCAUUCAGCUACGAACAAGCCCAAAUCCGGAUAGACGAUAAAUCACAGCAGGAUGAUCUCACGAACGGCAUGCGGACGCUGCUCAUGCUCUCCAAGAAGCUGAAGCAAAAGCGAAUGGACGCCGGAGCAUUGAACCUAUCUUCACCAGAAGUAAAGGUCCGAACUGAAUCCGAAACUUCAGACCCGGCAGAUGUCCAGACAAAGAAGCAUCUUGACACCAACUCGCUCGUGGAGGAGUUUAUGUUGCUCGCCAACAUUAGUGUUGCCGCAAAAAACUACGAGGCCUUUCCACAAACAGCUUUGCUCCGUCGCCACGCUGCCCCUCCUAAGACGAAUUUCGAAGAGCUGGAUAACCAGCUCAAGGUCAAGAAGGGAAUGGAGCUCAAGACUGAUAGCUCGAAAGCUUUGGCUGAUUCACUUGACAAGUGUGUUGAUCCCAAUGACCCAUUCUUCAACACUCUCGUCAGGAUUAUGGCAACACGUUGCAUGAUGUCUGCUGAGUAUUUCUGCGCCGGAACUCAAGCGUAUCCCGAAUUCAGGCAUUAUGGUCUUGCUAGCGAAAUCUACACUCACUUCACAUCCCCCAUCCGUCGCUAUGCUGAUCUCGAAGCACAUCGCCAGCUUGCUGCUGCUAUCGAGUACGAGCAAUUGGACCCUAGCCUACAGUCAAAGGCCAAGCUGGAAGCUGUAUGCAAGAACAUCAACGUGCGCCAUCGCAAUGCACAGAUGGCCGGUCGCGCUUCCAUUGAGUAUUACGUCGGCCAGGCGCUCAAGGGCAAGGAUAUCAACGAGGAAGGUUUCAUUAUGAAGAUCUUCUCCAACGGCUUCGUUGUUUUUGUACCGAGAUUUGGUAUCGAGAGUCUCAUUCGAUUGAGGGAUCUUGCUACACCGGAGCCGGAGGCUGACUUUGACGCCGAGAACUAUGUGUUGAGUAUCAAGGGCGAUGUUAAGAGGACUAUCGAGCUGUUCGAGAAGGUAACUGUCAGGAUCACGGACGAGCUUGAAGAAAGCACCGGAAAGAGAAAGGUGCGAUUGAGUCUGGUAUGA